CCCCGUAUCUGGUGAGCAAGGAAGCCUUCGGUCGGGAUGCCUGAGCCAGCCAAGUCCGCGCCUGCCCCAAAAAAGGGCUCCAAGAAAGCCGUGACCAAGACCCAGAAAAAGGGCGACAAGAAGCGCCGCAAGAGCAGGAAGGAGAGCUACUCCAUCUACGUGUACAAGGUCCUCAAGCAGGUCCACCCCGACACCGGCAUCUCUUCCAAAGCCAUGAGCAUCAUGAACUCCUUCGUCAACGACAUCUUCGAGCGCAUCGCCGGGGAGGCCUCCCGCCUGGCCCAUUACAACAAGCGCUCCACCAUCACCUCCCGGGAGAUCCAGACGGCGGUGCGUCUCCUGCUCCCCGGGGAGUUGGCGAAGCACGCCGUCUCCGAGGGCACCAAGGCCGUGACCAAGUACACGAGUUCCAAGUAAGCGGAGCCGCGCUCCUCAGGAAGGAAGCUCCAGAACCCCAAAAGGCUCUUUUAAGAGCCACCCACUUUCUCAUGUAAAGAGCUCCGGUCACGAAUACUCUCGGCUGGGGGGGCGGAGGGAACUGCGGUGCCGGCCCGCCCCGCAGCCGCCUAGUGCGCUCCCGUCGCUUAGCAGCCGGCUGAGUCCAAAUAAACAACAU